AUAGAUAGUAACAAAUUAAUUAAGGAACUGAAGAGCUUAUUCCAAGGAGACAUAGAUAUCUUACAGUACAGGUAAUAACACAGAGGAGAGACACAACAAAAUGGGUAAUGCUUGCUUUGGGAAGAAGGGGAGCAACAAGGGAUCAGUGUUGCACCCUUUGGCAGUUCACCGCGUUUGCGAUCAAGCCGUGACAAUUAAGGUGCGAAUGACCAGAGGCGAACUUAAAGAUUUAAUGGGGAAGGUAGAUACGAGAGAUGACAAUUCAGAAAUAGGCCGUCUGAUCCUUCAUGAAUGCUCCAAGGGGAGGCUUCAGGCUCGAAUUGUAGCUACUGCUACAGAUGGGGAUCAUGAUCAUUCGUACAAGCUUUCAGAUGGCUUAAGGCCAAUUCAAGAACAUGGCGAAGAAGAUUUGGGAUCUAUCAACUAGGAAAGGAAAGAUUGGCCAACCAAAGAAUCCAUUUCAAUCCAAAUUAAAUAGGUGGUAUAAGUU